AGAAACUGCGGGAUAUGUAUACCCUUGUGAAAUUUCAAGAGUUCCAGAAAGAAAUUCGUGGGAAGAUUGCAUGUGAAGUGGUUGAGUUUGAUGAGGAGUCCGAGGUUUAUAAGUACGUUAUUCAAGAGGAUGUUUGGGUUAAUGAUGAUUUUUGUAAGAAACUGAAAUUUAAUGUUGCACUCUGUAAAACAGAAACGGAUGAUGGUAGCAGUGAAGAGGAAGAUAAUGAUAUAGUUAUUCAAGUGGUAGAUGAUGGUGAAGGAAUGGAUGAUUUAGAGACGAAUAAUGAAAGCGGAACAGAUAAAAGUGAAACAACUGGAAGUGAAGCUGAAAAAAGCGACACAGAUGACAGUGAAAACGAGGAGUGUGUGUUUGAUAAAACCGCAGAUGAAACCGAAACAACCGAAGAUAAAAAAAGAAAAAAAUGUGUUGAUUUUGAUGUUCACUGUAGCUGCAAAUUGUUUGAGUCUAAGGGAAUUCUUUGUAGACAUGCAAUUGUGGUACUAAUACGUAAUGGGAUUCGACUUAUUCCUGAAAAAUACAUCUUACGCAGGUGGAGAAAAGACGUAACAAGACCGCAUACAAAAGUGAAACUGAGUUUUAGUUGUUGGGAAUUGAACGAGUCCAGUCUCCGUUACAAUCAAAUGUCUCUGAAGUUCAACGUUUUAGUAGAUUUGGCUUCUGCCAAUGAUGAAGAAAGUAAGGUUGUCAAUGAAUGGGUGGAUAAUAAGAUUGAGGAGCUCAAAGCUAAUUCAAUAGAACUCGAAAAGAUUAAAUUGAACGCUGAGAAUCAAGGGGAUACAUCAGUUCCUAAUGUUCGUAAUCCACCGAAAAAGAAACGUAUAAGAAGAAAGAGAUCUAAAAGACUCAAAGCCAAGAGAGCACGGAAAAGGACAAAAACAAAGCCCUCGACAAAGCCUAGCCAGGAUAUCAUCACAAAUAUUCCAGACCUUAGCUUAAAUGAUAUUCCUGUGACCCAGGAGAGUGUUGCAACUCCAACACCAUCAUAUCCUCAUGAUAUUUCACAUCAGCAACAUACAAAAGCUACUCGUGGUCGAGGUACUCGCGGCCGAGGCACCCGAGGUCGAGGAACUCGUGGUCGGGGCACUCGAGGUCAUGGUGCUCUUGGAAAUGCCGCUCAACUGAGUAAAACUGCUUCUACUUUUUCUCCAGUUGGCAUGUACAUGCCUGUUCCUGCCGAAGCACCAUAUAUCAACCCUCCUUAUGUGAAUUGUUGAAAUUCACCUUAUUUUAUGCUUCUUUGUAUUUCUAUUGUUUCUAUCCUUUUAGU